GAUAGGUAUCAGCCAUCAACGUAUCAGAAACGCGUCCGUCUGUCCGUAUGUUUGCCCGUCCAUCGUCGACGCCACGCGAAGGGACGUUAACUUUAUCGCUCGAUUGAUGGGGGUCCUACGGUUAUUCUAUGGUUGUUUUGACGUUCAACGAAUGGCGUUAACCGAUAAUUGCUUACAGUGGAACAUGCUUGUUGUACGGAAACUGCUAUGUGGUGUUUUGUGAUAAGCUGUGAGAAAUGUCCAGCCCGGCAAACUCUAAGCCACCCCCUGGCGUUCCAUCGUCUGGAGGAGGCACCUCCAAAGCGAUCUCGGACGCCGGGGACCUGGACUCCGUCCGUUCCUCCAGCUCCGAGGAUGUCUCCCAGGCGGCUCCUAGGGGUUACUGCUGUGCCAAAUCCAUCAACCCAGCCGACGGAAGGGGCAGGAGAUUGCAUCUGUUGCAGAUGCUCGUCUUGCCAUUUAUUCCUAUCUUAGCGCUGAUCGUGCAGACCUCUAUCAUACUGGAUAAUAUUAUGAUCAACAGGAAUGAGGUCAUGGAUGUUGACAGUCAGGUAACAAUUGCCACAGAGUUAGGAAAAGUAGUCACAAGGAUGCAACUUGAAAGAUCAGAAGUAGCUUUCUACGUUUACACAAAUGGAUCUCUUCUCAGGAUAAACCUGAAGCGGCGAUUCGAGUUGACUGACGAAGCUUUAAGAAAUAUGAGCAGUUGGCCUCCAGUGGUUCUCCAAUUCGAAGGUAGCAAGAAACUCUACUUGGACAAAACUACGUUCCAAACAAAUCUAACAAAAUUCAGAGACUCAAUAAUAAAAUCAUCGGAAAGUUCCAUAACUGACGUGUUGAGUUGGUAUACGUCUGUUAAUGCGGCGCUUUUGGAGCAUCUUACAAAUCAGAUAAAGGAAACAGACAGCAGCGGAGUGUGGAGGUAUCUAUUAGCAUUCAAAAACCUUUUAAAAAGCAUCGAAAGCACGGGAAUAGCUAGCGUAUAUGGUGUGAACUACUUCGGAAAAGGUCACCUUAUGCAAGUGAACUAUAUCAACUACAUUACGCACGACGCUAUUGCGAAAGAUCUGCUCAAUACAUCUUUGAAUUAUGUUCCACAGAUGAAGACAGAGUAUCAAUGGCUAGCUCAUAAUAUGGCCCAUUAUGGAAACAUCAAACACAGGAACGAUAUAAUCAGGCUAAAUCAACAAAGGUCUCCUAAUUAUACGGAAGCCUUGGAAUAUUUUGAUUCGAUGGCAACGUACACAGACGAACUGAGGAAGAUUCAGAGGUCCUUAAGGGUUCUUAUCAGAGACUACGUGAACGAAAACCUUCGAGAGUCAGCAAAUAAGGAGGCUCUAGGAAUAGCAACAUUGAUCUUAGUCUUAGCAGUGUCACCAGUAAUCAUUUGGUUGGUGAGAAAUGCUGUUGCUACAAUACAGGUCUAAUGUUCUUGUUCAGUUGUACGCUGCUAACCUGGCGAAGAAAGCUAAGGAACUGAAGAGAGAGAAAAAGAAGAGCGAUAUGCUACUGUUUCAGAUGCUGCCUCCAAGCGUAGCUAUGCAGUUGAAGCAAACUAGACAGGUUCCAGCAGAAUAUUAUGCUUCUGUCACAGUUUACUUCAGUGAUAUCGUAGGGUUCACUGAAAUAGCCGCAGUAAGCACACCUUUGGAGGUCGUCACAUUCCUCAACAAAAUCUACAAACAAUUUGAUGCAAGAAUCGAAUGUUACGAUGUUUACAAAGUUGAAACUAUUGGCGAUUCUUAUAUGGUGGCUUCUGGACUUCCAGUGAAAAAUGGUAAUAAGCACGUUUCGGAGAUAGCCAGCAUGGCUCUGGACCUACUGGCAGGCUCCAGGCAAUUCAAGAUUCCUCAUCGGAAAUCCGAGUUACUUCAAAUCAGAUGUGGAGCGCACACGGGACCAGUUGUAGCAGGUAUUGUAGGGUCUAAAAUGCCAAGAUAUUGUCUUUUCGGAGACACUGUUAAUACUGCUUCUAGGAUGGAGUCUACUGGCGAAGCAUCAAAAAUACACAUCAGUUUAGAAAUGAAAAAGGCUUUAGACGCUAUAGGAGGAUACAGGACAGAGCACAGAGGACUUGUCGAAGUAAAGGGUAAAGGGCUAAUGGAUACCUACUGGCUUACGUGCAAGGAAGGAAACACGAACAAAUCUGUUGAAAUGGAAACAUCCCCGAAUUUCACGGUAUAUCCUAAUCUUUCUUGCUCGCUACACCGCUUUAACGAAAAAUCAAAAUAUUUUGUUAAUGGCUUCCAAUUAUAAUGAAUCAAAAGAUUCUAGCUGGAGGAUGAAGACAAUGAACCUGUUUUCAUCAAGAGACUGAGAAAUGAUAACUACUUUUGAUGGAUAUAAGUUUAGUAUGAAUAAGAUGCAAGUACAUAAAGUAAUUUUAGAUGUUUGGUAUUUUAGAUAUAAUUCUAUGUAAUAAGUAACUAAAUGAAUGAUUGUACAUAGUUCUAUGUCUUGUGAAUGGAAAUGCAUAAAAGAAUCUUUAAUGUUAUGUAUUUAGAGAUCAUAGAAAUUGAAUAAAAAAGACAACUGUGUAUAAACUAUAUGAAUAAUUAUUUAUUGUCCAAUAAAGUUUGUUUAAAGAA